AUGGUAGUUGGCAAAAUCGUCAAUACAACACAUGUCAGCGAUGCACAUUUAAGCCUGACAGACUCAAAAAGUUUCGAACUUUUAGAGUUCUUGAAUAAUAUAGCGGAUGAGCAAUCUCUCGAGUUGCGAGAUAUUACCACUCUCGUCAAACAUACAUUACCACUUUAUCCAUCAAUCCCAGUGGGAUUCAGAGAAAAGCUCAAAAGGCUAGUAUCAAAGUCGCUGCCCUUACUGAAUCACAUCAUAGGUUUUGUUGCAUCGCUCAAGGGUUCUCCAGAGACAGAGAUUUACAAGACAUUUUUGAUUGACGUUGCGUCGGAAGAGAUUAAUUGCUUAUUUAAUUACUUGGGGGCGGUGAGAAAUGCGGUGGAGCUGCGUUUGGUUCAGUCAGUUUUCAUGGGAAGUAAACUCUACAAUUGCUUAGCCACUUCGCUGAGCGUUACGGACUACAUGGCAAUAUUGAAAAAUCAGGUUCAGUUCGCGCUUUUGAGGGGCUGUUCCCAGAAAUUGAAAAGUUUGGGUGAAUUGCUGUCCGCGUUUCUAUCAUUCCACCCUGCAUAUGCUUGCGACGUGUUGUUUGGGGAAAUUGUAUUGCAAUCGUCUCUUUCUUUAGAGUGCUUUACCCAAACACUAAAGGCUACUUCAAGGCUCGCACAAAGUCGUCUUUACAGGGGACUGACAAGGUUUUUAAGCAAAGUUUCCAACGAAUCCAACUCCACGUCCAUAUAUAACGUUUUGGAGAAAACCGGCUUUGCGGGCUCCAAUUACAGAGAGCUCAUAGAGCUUAAAGCGCCAAUUUUAAGACGUGUCAUCAUAACUCUAGAGUGUCACGGGACUAGAAUUGCAUGCUAUGAAGGUCUCAUUGAUGCUUUCGGCAAACAUGAACCAGCCCACGACGCCGACGUUUGCCAACUUCUUGUGAUGAUCCUUCAAAGUUUUUCACAAGAAACUAAGGAGUUGCUCUCGCAUCAAGAACGAUUUCUUAAUGCUGUAACAGCAAGACUUUCCUCUCAAGAUACCCUCAUUCGAGAAAGAACUAUGUUCAUUGGUAAGCUUCUCACGAAUGGAAAAUUGAGCUUCGACAGCCCUUUUCAGAUCCAUACGCCGUCUUUCAAUAAACCAGAGUCCGAAGCAAUCAACUUGGAAUCUCUGAAACCUUCUGGUGAAUUAUCAAGCAAUAAAAAGGACCAUCAAUUAGAGAGAAAGAUAAAUUCGCUCAAAUUAUCCGAAGGCACUGCCAGCAAUCAUAGCAUUUUCUUUUUGAAGGAUCUCCUCAAUGAAUUUAACAAAACCUCCAAAAGCAGAUACGGCUUAACCGAGCUUUUGGAGAUCACAGUCAGCCUUGUGCGUCAGAAGAAAGAUUUCAAGACUGAAGUUGAUUUCUACGCAGAUUCUCUGAUUUCCACGUUGUCGACUUUAAGCAACUCUUUUGAAGAGCAAAACUUUGAGGAAUGGAAGACAAACGCUAUCGUAAGCAUCCUUGUAACUGCCCCUCAUAAGGUUUUCACUUUAAUAAAAGUAUUAUUUGAAGCAGAUCUAUCCUUACAGCAGAGAAUGUCAAUUUUAUCCUCACUAGCCCUAGCUGCGAGGGAACUACGUGGACUGAACGACCAAAUGAUCGUGAAACUAGAAGACUGCUCUUGGAAGCCGCCGAAAAACGGAUCAACUGCUCAGCUUUCUAACAAGACGCAAAAGCUGGUAAAGGACACCGUUUUGCAAGAAGGAACGGUGACGUGGAAAUCCAGGAAAUUAAGCAAAGACUUAGAGAAGAGAACAAAUGAAAACCGCUUUCAAGCUGUUGCCGCCAAGUUUUUCUUCCCUUUGGCCCACGGAUGGCUUAAUGGCAUUGAUUUAGGACCCUACGAUAAAAUGUUCAAACAGCAUUACCUGACGACUUUACGGUUAAUUUUGUCGGCAGCUGAUCCGCAUUCAGAGCUGAAUCAAAUGUGCGAGAUGAUGUUGUUAGUCAUGAAAAGCGCUGAAGAGCAGGAUAUUAUAAUCCAAACAUGA